AUGGGUUGUUGUGACUGUGGAGGCUGUGGCUAUGGUAACUGUGGCAGCUGUGGUGGCUGUGGCGGCUGUGGCUGAGGAGGCUGUGGAGGCUGUGGAGGCUGUGGUGGUUGCAACAGCUGCACCACCUGCAGGUGCUACCAGGUUGGCUGCUGUGGUGGCUGCUGUGGCUGCUGCACCCCUGUGGUCUGCUACUACCGCCGCACCUGCUCCCGCUCCUGUGGCUGUAGCUGUGGGAAGGGCUGCUGCCAGCAGAAGUGUGGAUGCAAGAAGCAAUGUUGUUGCUAG